UUGAGUGUAGCUCUGGAGCUCCAUUGAAAGUAGCUCCCUGAUCCAGAGACAGCGCAGGCGGACAAGGGGGCGGACCGGCGAGAGGAAACUUGACAGAAAACAAUAGCAGUCACUUCCGCUGACCUCCAUUGAACUGAUAUCAUUAUCAGAGCUAAUAUUACUCAAGACAGACGACUGUGCCCGCUGACUAACGCGGUGACGGCUGAACCGGAGGCGCGCCCAGGGAAGGAAUAACGAUAGCAGGAGAAACGGGGAGAAAGGUGAGGUGAAGAAGGCACGUUUGGGAAGAAGCGGAGGAGGAGGAGGGCAGUGACAAGUACCCGGACUCAGCCACAGGUAGCCCCUGCGUUAGCUGUCGUGGCAGAAGAUAUCAAAGUGCAGACGGGUCAUGCGGAUUUCUCCGGUCUGUGGUCGGAGCGCCGCGGACGCAGCAGUAAACGGUGUUCGAAGAGAGAAGAGGCAGAAAACAGAAGAACCAAGCGUCUUUCAGUCCGUUCAAGCGGGCUCCUGGUCCCGGGGAAGAGCCACCAUGUCCCGGAGGAAGCAGAGCAAACCCCGGCAGAUAAAGCGUUCCCUAGGGGAUCUCGAUGGCGGCGAGGAGAACACACCGGACAAUCUCAGCCUUUCAGGAGAGGAGGGCGGAGCCUCAGACCCUGAUGAUUCAGCAGAGGGCGACAGCUCCAGCCCCCCGCUGUACACACCUCUGUUCAAUGAAGAGCCUAGGACUCAGGACUCUCGAGGCAGCCCUGAUGAUGAAGACGGUGACGGGGAGGAGCAAGUUUCAACACACAGUGGAGGGGAGGAGGAAGAGGCAGUGGCGGAAGAAGAGGAGGUGUCACAUUGGAGGGGUCCAGACGAGCUUGAGCUCUGUGAAGAGGGUGGUGACAGCAGCGUGGUGGCCAGCAGGGACAUCCAACCAGACAUAACGUGGGGUCCCUAUCCUGGAAUCGUCCAAUCAGACAGCAGCACAGAGGGUCAGGAGACAGAGGAUCUGAGGAUGACUCUUGUUUGUGACGAUCCUGACUGUUGGAUCCGUCUGCUCCCUCUGUCCUCUGACCCCUCAGAUGCCAACUGCACCAUCUACAGCCGAGGUGAAGAGUUAUUCUGCAGGGUGACCAGAGAGCUUGUGGUGGGUGAAAAGCUCCUCGUGUCCCUUUCCACACCACCUCUGGGCUCCUCCUCCUCCCCACUGGGUCAGCUCUCUCCUCCACUCAGCCUGGUCACCCAGAAACAACCUGUGGUGAAGGAGGAGCCUCUGUACCCAGCAGCCUUGCGCUCUGAAAUCCAGCUUCUCCCACAGCAGGCAGGCAUGGCUGCCAUCUUGGCUACUGCUGUUGUUAACAAGGACAUUUUCCCGUGCAAAGACUGUGGAAUCUGGUACCGCAGUGAGAGGAACCUUCAAGCACACCUUAUGUACUACUGUGCCAGUCGUCAGAAACAGCCAGCCGCAGCUUCAUCCCCUCCUCAAGACAAACCCAAGGAGUCCUACCCCAAUGAACGUAUCUGCCCCUUCCCACAGUGCAACAAGAGCUGCCCCAGCGCAAGCUCACUGGAGAUCCACAUGCGUACACACAGCGGUGAGAGCAAGAUUUCAAUUUGUGCCAGAAAAACAAACGGUGAGCGUCCCUUUGUCUGUCUCAUCUGUCUGUCAGCCUUCACUACAAAAGCAAACUGUGAGCGCCACCUCAAGGUCCACACAGACACACUGAAUGGAGUAUGUCAUGGCUGCGGCUUCAUCUCCACGACAAGGGACAUCCUCUACAGCCAUCUGGUCACCAGUCACAUGGUUUGCCAGCCUGGAUCUCGCAGUGAAGUCUACUCCCCCGGGCCAGGCCUUCCCAAACUGCCACUGUCCACUGGUCUCAGUCCAGGAGACUCUGGCGUGGUGCUGAAGUGUCAAGUGUGUGGCCACAACUCUGACACCCCUGCUCAACUUCAGCAGCAUGUAAGAACCCACCUAGAGGUCAGGGUCCCAGCUGAAAGGAGCCCCACCCCUCGCCAAAGUACCCCCACAGCAGUUGACCACUCCCAGCUGUCUUCCCAGGAGAGAGGAGAGCCCCUUGCUUGUGUCCCUAAGCCAGACUCAUCCAGCCCAGGUGCAAACGGCGGAUCAGCCACACCUCGUGACUAUGGUUCUUCUGAUCCCCAAAUUACUGAACUAAAGAUUAAAGAGGAGCCUCACUCAGAUUCUGAGACUGAGGAGCAACAAAUAGAGAUAAAGGAGGAUGGAGGGGAGGCAGAGGUUGAUGAAGAAGAGGGAGAUCAUGACACAGGAUGUAAGACGAUGGAGGCCCGAACUGACGCCUCCUCCUGUCAGAAUUCAAACUCUCCCAAUAGUCCAGCCAUUGCAGCUGUGAAGGCAGAACCGACUAGUCCAACCCCUGGUUCAAGCCCUGUACAUGUGGGAGGUGCAGGGUCAGUUGUUCCAGGAGGAGCAUUUAUCUUGCCUCAGUACAUGUUCAACCCUGAGGCGGCCAUUUUGCCCCAGGCCUCGGAGAUACUGGCUAAAAUGUCAGAGAUGGUACACAGCCGUCUGAAACAGGGCCAGACCGUACCACAGAAUAGCCCAGCGGCCUUCUUCGCCUCUGGAGCUACAGCAGCUACAGCAACAGCCACUCCUCCUCACAAAGGGGCCACUUGCUUUGAGUGCGAUAUCACCUUCAACAACAUCAACAAUUUCUAUGCACAUAAGAGGCUGUACUGCUCCAGCAGGCACCAUGGAGAAGGUCCUGCAUCAGCUUCAGCACCUGGGUCAGCAAGGGAUGCAACCUCAGCCACGGUGCCCUCCAGUGGGGCACAUGACUCAUCAGAGUCCCCUCAAGCUGGAGCAGCAAGUAGAGCAGCUUCUGCCUCUCCUACCGACUCUGACCCUCCUGCAGGGAGUGGAGCAACAGAAGCAAGGAGGGUCAUAGAAGUAAAGACAGAAACCUCAGUAGGGAGAGAAGGAAUAUCAUCCUCUUCUGAAGGUGAAGGUGGAGGUGGAAGUGUGGGAGGAGGGGGUGGAGGAGGUAGAGCAAGUGAAGGCAGCCAGAGUCCUGCUAGUGGAUCUGCAGAGGACCUGGAGGAUGACCCCAAUAAAACCUUCUGUCAGGCUUGCAAUAUCCGCUUCAGCCGUCAUGACAACUACACCGUUCAUAAGCGCUUCUACUGUGCGUCACGCCACGACCCGACCAACCACAGAGCUGUACACAUGAGCAAGGCAAACAAUGCAACCAACUUCCUUCCCCAGCCCAUCCGCACACGCAAGAGGAAGAAGAUGUACGAGAUUCACAUGGCGAGAACUGAGGCCUUAGCCAAUGCUGCUGCUGCUGCCGCUGCUGCAAAUGCCGCCGCCUCUGCUCCGUCUCCAUCCAUUCUGGGUUUAGCAGUGAAGCAAGAAGUCUCCCCAGGUGGGGCAGGCAGCUCAAGUCCAGAAGGAGAUGGCCCAAUUGACCUGAGCAAGAGGCCCCGUCUGAGAGAGGCUCCAGGGCACGGUAGUAGCGGUAUCCUCCCUGCCCUGCCUCUUACCGACUACCACAAGUGCACUGCCUGCAGUAUCAGCUUCAACAGCAUUGAGAACUACCUGGCGCAUAAAACCUACUAUUGCCCUGCCACAACCCUCCAGCCCCACACCAUGGAGCAGCUUCACAGGCUCAAGAGAUCAGCCUCUACCUCUCCCAAAAGCAGACCCCAACAAGAGCGCCCAGAUCAUCAGCACCCUGUGGAGGCAAAGGCUCAUCCUGCUGAGUGGGUUGCCCAGGCUCAAGGCACAUCAUCCAGUCCUAACCCCUCUGCCUUACCUGCCUCAGAAACCACAUCUCCGCCCCAUACAACCACCACGCUUGCAGCAACUCCUGGAGCUGGAGCUAAAGUUGUAGGAGUUAGUUCUGCUCAGGUUGUCUGCCCAUAUUGCCCCAACAGGCUCAUCACCAGUGACCUGAUGGAGCACUUCAAGACAACCCAUGGCCUGGUUGUGAGCAUUCAGCCGCCCCAGGAGAUCCUACCCCAGCCAGGCAGUGUAAUCAGCCACAGCCCCAGCCUUAGUCCCAGGGAUGGAGCUGCUGCAACCACAUCCACUACUCCAUCCAGCCAGCCCAGACUGGUCUCCCGUGUGCACAGAGACAGCAUCAACGGGCAGGCAAGGAGCGGUACAACUUCUCCCGUCUCUCCAAUGGUAAACGGCAGCCCCUUAGUUGGAGGUGGAUCACCAACAGCUGGCUCCCCUCUACCCACUUCUCCCCACAGGGCUCCCUCUCUGACUGUGUCACCUGUGCCUGAGAUCCUCAGAGAGACUGUGGGCUCAUCCCACCUUCCAGACAAGGCCACUCAGGCUGUGGCACCCCAGCCCACUCCCAUCCCUGGCCCUAAAACCUCUGUCAUCUCUCCUGUCCAAAAUGGUAACACCCGCUUCUGUCGGUUGUGCAACAUCAAGUUCAGCAGCCUGUCCACAUUUAUAGCUCAUAAGAAAUACUACUGCUCUUCCCACAGUGCGGAACAUGUCAAAUGAGCUGAACAAUUUUCUCCUUCCUCUUUCUCCUUUCUUUAUCUGAGUGAAGGCUCUCCUUGCCCUCUAAGUUCCAAGAAACUCAGAUGUCCCUCCUCCUCUGCCAGUCCUCCCUCAUGGAUGCCAAAAAGGCAAAACUGGCAUGACCAUGAAUGACACUGAAUGACUGUUACUCACCUGCCUGGGCCUGAUGCCUUGCUGCUCCAGAGCAGUGUCUGCAGGUGGUGUUACGAACAUAUUGACUGAUUUUCCUCCUCAUAUGGGUCAAAGUUUAUAGCACACUAAGAGCUGAGGCGAUGCUACCUGCACACACUGGUGUGCUCUCGUCCCCUGGAUGACUGUUUUGUUUUGUUUUUUGAGGCCCAGUCCCCAAUUCAGCCGCUCUCACGCCUCAGAGUAUGUUGCGUUGGAGGUGUUCUCUGUCGAUCUGUCGACUUCUUAUGUGUCUCUCUGUUGAACUGAGUUUAUUACGUAAGUAAUUGGAGUGUGAUGGGUGAUGAUACAACAAUGAUGAUACUGAUAAUGAUGGAUCUCCAUUUUUAUUCCUGAGCUCUUAAUGUUCCUGACCUAAACAGAGGAAUCAUUUGUGGAGAAGACUUGAUCAUUGUUAAUGUUUUUAUUAUCUGUGCAUAGUAUAUGAUGUCUGAAAAAAAGAGUUCUAUAAUACUUUUGGUUUCAACACUGGCUCUUUUUUGCUUACUAGAGAAGCAAAAGCGUUUUAGCUGAGAGAAAGAAAUACGUGGUUUCACAAUGUUACCAAUUACUGAAGGAUAAUAUUGCAAAAUGGACAGUUUCUUUCCUUUUACACAUACUUUUUUUUUUCUCUUCAAAACGCAAGGGAAAAAAUGUGAAAUAUUUAUCUUCUAUCUUUUAGUCCUCACUGAUUUCAUUUCAACAGAAAACUACCUACCUGGUGUCUAAGAGUAUUUGUAUUUUUUAUUUGUAUAUUUUUCAUACUGUCGGAAGGAACUGUUUGGAUCUGGGUGUAUUGAAGUGUAUUUUCUAAGUGUAGAUAUGUAAUAUCUCCUCACAGUAAUCACUGGGAUCACACUGAACUUUGUUAUCACGUUAGCAUUUGGUGUAGUCUUUAAUUGAUGGUGAGCUCUGAAAAACCAGCGUUGUGUUUAUUUUUCCCCUCUUGUACUCGCUGAUCAACGACAAUAUGAGAUCAGAGCAGCAGCUUUCACAUCUGAACGAUGUCGAGACCAACUCUGAUACUGUUGGCUUUUUACUAUGGUGAGAAUAAUGUGGCUUCACAGGUUAUAGACUACACAAAAUACUCAUUUACAAUCAAACCUUUUUUUGUUUGCAAACUACCAUCUCACACCCUGAGAGAAAAAUACAAAACCAGUACUUUCCUGUCUUAUACACACCUUACAUUGUUUUAAAAGGCAGAAUGGGUAGGAUUUAAAAUUUUGCCUAUUUACGCUUUUAAGUGUGCUAGGCUACGGGUGGUGGGCCAUUAUAGUUUAAAGUUAAGGCACAUAGCAGCAACUCAAAUGACAAAAACCCAAUUACAAUAAAAAAGACAAAACAGAAUGUCGAAACAUUAAAAACAAAUAUUUAGGUAAUUUAUUUUUAUAACUGUCAGGGCCAAUGAGACAAAUUUACCAGAUUCUAAAUCUAGCACAGCACCACCAUGUGCUUUUUGUGGGUUGUAAGUAAAGAUUUAAAGAGAUUAUGUCAUUUCAGUCUGUACUUUUUUAUUAUCUUAACCAUUCUGCCUUUUAAAGAUUGUCUUUCUAUCCGGGAAUGAAGGCUCAGCAGGAUACAGUUACACACACCUCACAAAGCAGAGUAAGAACAGGCAGUUUGUUUUAACCACUUAUUGUGGCUAAUGGUAUGUGUGUGUAGGAAGGCAGUGGUCUACCUCUGUCACCCCUUUACCCUCAUGCUCACCCGCACACAGUUUACACCAUGUACUCCUGUUGCAGUUGCAAUACAGUGUUAGAUAGAACUGUGAAAUACCUGGGUUUUUUUUUCGAUCUAGUUGCACACUUACUGACGUGCAGUAAGGCACAACUUAAUUUUAAAAUGCUGAAAUGUCAUUGAAAUUAAAACAAGAUUUGAUCCAUUUGUUCCUAAAAAUAAUCAUUAUCCUCAGGAUUUAACCCUUGCAAGUAUGCAUCAGCCUCUUAAACAGCAUUUGGACAUUGACCAGACCCUAAAUUGAUCAAUUUUGGGUGUGAUCACAGUGAGGCCAAUGUUCCCUUACUUGAGGGAUUAUCCUGCAGAGGACAACUGUACACCUGCUGACACAGGACUGAUCUGGACCUCUGUUCUGUUAGUGGUAGCAGUUAAAGACACACACAUAAUGCUGAUGGUCUGUGCCUAAAAUCUGCAAACAAACUUAAAAGUGAAGGACUUUUUUAUUUUAACAUAGAUUUCAAUUCAUGAUUGAUUUUUCUGCUCUGCUGUGGUUUGCGCCGUACCAGACACAUUAUACCACUAAGUGUUUACAAUCAAGUUGGUCCGUCUCUCCGACCUCAUAAAAGAGACAAGAAGCAGAAGAAAGUCACUGUCAUGUCAACUAGUCUCAAAUUAAGGAAGUGCUGAAUCAUCAUUCGAACUUACCCCAUUUAAUUGCACUGUGUUGUAUAAAAAUGUGCUGAAUGUUUUAGUUUUAGGGAUGUUUUCUUGUAAUGUAUUUAUGUUAUACAGAACUUUCCCCCGUCCAAAAUGCAUCAUCGUUCUACCUUGAAGGACUCUGAAAGAUGAUUCAACCUCACAUUGAACUUUACUUUUUCGAGCUGCAAACAUUUUUGUUAAUGAUUCCUCUGAUGUCCAGUCCAUAAUGGAGAAAAUCUCAAUGAAUGUCAAAACUUUAUUUCCAUGUUUUUAAUUUCAUUUCAGUUCCACUACACUCUUGUCCAAACUAUGCAUGGGAAAUAAAAAAGUUCUGAGAGACACUGAC